AUGUCAACUACCGGACAACAGAGAAACCCCGGAAAAAGGAAGACCCCGCAGACUGCAUCGCUCCUGCGUUGCUGGAGGGGCAGGACAAACUCUACAGUCUUGGAGAGGCCUUCAGGAAACUCAGUUUCAAGCCAGCCCGUGAUAGGAAGACACACAAGAAGUAUGAUACCCAACAAAUUACAAAAGAGAAGACAGAUCCAGGUUGCCCCAAAGAAGAUAAAGUCCAAACACAAAGAUAGUCUUACGUCCAUACUUUCUCGGAGGAUGACUAGUUGCAUCUUUCAAAAACCCGUGACCAUAAUAACUUCACACCCUGAGAAUAAAACCAGGUACAGGAGAGAGGAAGCUCAGCUGAAGAAACCCACACAGCUCUGUGCAUUGAAGAGAUUGCAGAACUAUCAAGUUGGAGACAGUAAAGGAGGCCUAUCAUGUCCAAUGAAGUUUACCAUCCCCAUAGAAAUAAUUGCACUGGGAAUGCAGGAUGAAGCCAACAACCACAGUGGUAUUGAGGAUCUGCUCACUCCUGGAGAAGCCACCUCUGUCCAACCCCCAUGCUUGGAAAAGACGGAGCAAGUGGCUCUUCAGUUGUCACCUUCUUUCUCCAGUCAAGGGGUAAAAAUGCCACUGCCCCUUCAUCUGUCACCAUCUUACUGCAUUCAAGUAACUAAGGCAGACAUCCUGAGACAGACCUGGAAGGUAAAGAAAGCCAGGCAGAGACUGGCAGAAGCCUUGAAGGCAGACAGGCUUGCCAGGCAGGCAGAGAACAUGAGGGAGCAAAGAAGAGUGGAAAACACGCGUUGA